CCUUCAUUUUGUCUGGCCAGAAGGCGUCGCUGUCAACGGACCGGCUUCCUGCGGGGCUGACUGCUGCUUCUGCGAACCCCUCCUCUUCUCCAGAUUCGGCACAGCUAUUACCUUCGGUAGAGUCUUUGGUUGGUUUAAGCCUGCCCCGAGAGCCAUUGGUCCUAUCGAGCUUCAACAGUUUGGCGUUCUCGAACCAGCUGCCUCACCCUACACAAACCAGAUCGGUUCAGAAGAUAUCACCCGAUACCGCUGAUCCACACCCAACCCAGAUUAUAACACCUCCACCUUCACGUCACAAAGGCCAGCGCAAGCUUGCCGGUCGGCUUGACGCCAGCGUUAUGCACAAUGAUCAGGACUUUGUCCAGCAAGAAUACCUGGAGACAUCCCAUCAACCAGACAUGGGCAGCUAUAUGACGAACCAAGGUGAUAUGUUUAACUACCAGCUUUCCGGAACCACGACAGGCGAUUUUGCAAACCCGCAACCCUUCUGGGAGACGGAUCCUAGCUUGGAGGUGAUGGAGAUCGAUUUCAAUGGAGCAAGCAGCAGCCUGUUUCGACAGGAGCCGCACCCACCGUCCAGACCUAUGAACUCACUGAACUGGGAAACUUCAACCCCCAACCACUUUAUUCCGGAGAAUGUACUGGUCAAUGGAGGUCGGGUUGUGUCAAGUGGUGGAAAUGAACAUGUCAUGGUGUCUCAAGCGCCCAUGCAGGCCCUGAUGACCUCGUCAGCGGAUCAAAUCAUGUAUACUGGUACAUAUGCUACUGCUAUCGAUAACUUCUUUGGGAUAAUCAACACCGGCGUCGACCCGGGCCUCCUCUUCAGUCGGCCGUCGUCUGCUACUAUGGAUGCCUCCUUUGACGCCGUGGCACAAGGGUCGUCGCGAGGUCCAUCCCGUCAGAUAUCUCAGGGCGCCCAGUCGGGAAACCAAGAAACGGCGGGGCCGCGGACAAGGACCCAGGCGAAGUUCACCAUCGACGAGAACGGUCGGGCCCGUGUAGAGACGACGCUGGUCGUUGAACGCGACAACCCUAUGGCCGUCCGUAAGCGGACUAGUUCGCAAUCAGUAGGUGGCUGUCGCCGCUGGUGUUCGGAAGACGACGAGGAGUCGUCAGCAGACGAUGAGCCGAUUAUCAUCCCCAGCAGAAACACUUCGUUUUCUAUACCGGACCCCCGCAAAUCGAGGACCGCUGUUAAUACUUCCAGCCACUCACAGCCAAACUUUAGUUUCAGUGCGCAAAGUACAACAUCGUUGGGUUCUUUCCGAUCUGACGGCGGGUUGCACGAUCUUGGCGACGAAAGCGAUGACGAAAUUCUCUUCAGCGAGAUGACCCCGACCAGCAAGAUGUCAGGCGAUGCCGUCAAUGAGCUCCUCAAGCUGCGAGAAGAUCGGAUGAGGCAAAAGUCUUCGCCCUCAAAAAUGAGACGACUGACGUCCAGCAGCCACAGCAAUAGCACCGGAACGAGUGUGAGCAUGAACUUUGCCAGCCGCUUCACAGCAUCGCCCACGGCACUGACUGAGGCGAGUUUACCUACGCCCUCGUCGUCCGAUGCAACUGCUAGCGUCACCAAGAUGCGUGCCCGAAUCGUGCGAGAUGUGGCUACACGGUAGAUGCGUGAAGAUCACUUCGCAACGGGCAAUGCCGUCCAUCUAUAUAUGCGCAUACUGUGCGAACUUGAAGACGACGACACCCACCAUACAAGGCAGUGGCGGCGGCAAUGGAGUUUAUAGCAGCUCAUCACGGACUGUGAGACAAUCCGCAGUCGUUGGGAAGGGGACACCAGGAGUAGGGACGACGAUAAGACCUACUUCAGGGUCGUCAUUGGGGUCACCGCUGGCACAUAAGUCGUCUUUCAAAUCAUUUCGAU